GAGCUUUCCCGUCCACCCCUGCCAUCGUCUGGUUGUUCGUCGCCAUCAACAUCACCGUCCCCGACCUUGAACCAGGCUGCGGCAGCCGGAGUCCUGCAACCUUUGGAGCCUGCAGAGGACGAUGCGGAAGCGGUGCCUGAGGAGACACGACCCCCAGAGCCCAGGGACCUGCCGGGCUUUGACUUUGGCCAGGAAGGCCCAGAGGUGCCCGAGUAUAGCGACGGCCCAGAGGUGCCCGAGCAUAGCGACGAGGUCUCUGUCCCUGCCGAUGAACUGCCUGACGAGCUUCUGCCCCUGGAUCCCCUGCAGGACGAGGGCCUCAGAAGCGGUGACCACCCAGAGGCAGAGGCAGCUUCAACAGCGCUCCUCGACGACACGGGCCAGCUGAACGAGGUGCAGCAGGAAGAGACUCCGCCACUCAGCAGAUCCCAGGAAGAAAGCAGCAAGACAGAGGAGGUGUCAAUGCUGGAGCCAGAGGCCACGCAGCAGAGCCUGGAGACGGAAAGUUUUGUGGAGGAGGCCUCCGGCAUGGACGUGCCGCUUCCGGAUGAGGCUGCUCCCGGCGAGCCAGAGAAUCAGGGCGAGCCCGAAACCGAGGAUAUCCCUCCUGAAGCACUUCCAUCGGCAGACGAGGAGAAGGAGCCAACCGUCAGCGAGAGCCAGCCUGUGAGCACGCCGAGUAAAGACCGGCAGGUCCGGGUCGCUUUUUCUCCCCAGGAGGUCAUGGAAAGGGAGAUCUCGCAGGAGGAGGAAGGGCCCAUCGAAGAGGACCCUGGAUCUACAGAAGUCCAAGUGGAGGAUCCGGCGAAGCCAGCGGGCAUGUUGUUCCAGGUGUUCUCGCACUCCGAACCCCCUGGCGUGGGAUUUUUGGCGCCGCCGCCGAAGGGGCCGCCCAAGCUGCGGUGGAAGGAUUGGCUCAAAGGGGAAGAGGCCGCCCAAAGCUACAGCAAUCCAGUGCUCCAAAGGAUGCAGGAAGUUCGGGCUGCGUUGCUUGGAUCAUCGGGCGUCUCGCGACCUGCGCAGGCCUCCCGCAGUCUUCGGUCAUGGGUCAAGCAGCGGUCGCGUCUCGCCGGCGUCGCGGCGGCGGAGCUGCCGAAGGGUGGCCUUUCCGUGGGUGACUUGCAGCCGAAUGCUUUCAAGGCCCUCGAUCGACGGCCUACACGUCGCAGCCCGCCUUGGAUGGCGGCCGAUCGAUCGAGGCAGGGCUCGCCUGUGUCGCCUGUGCCGGCGGUGGACGAGCUGAGCAUCAAGCCUCAGCAGCAGCGGCUUCUCAUUACUUCCGACAGCCUGGGACGCCUCGGAAGACUGCAAACACCCACCCAGAUCACGCUGGAUUUCGACGACGAGUUCCUUCGCGCGCCUUCCCCGCCUCCCGGCCCCUGUCGAACUCUCGGCGGCGGGUUCAAGGCUCCCGCACAAAGCCGACCCGGUUCUCGAAAAGAAG